UCCAUAGUCUCCCUUUACAUUGGCCACUUCUAACACUCAUCAUCACAUUUGUCGGCCAAUUUCCUUCCCAUUUUUCCUAUCUCCCAUAACUGAUCAAUCUCAACAAAAGCAAGCACUUUUGUUUUUCUUUCCUUUGCUUCCAUCAAAAUCUUCAUCACUUUCCUGAUAUCAAUCUCCGGCUAGUACUUCUCUACAAUCUUACUGAUCAUUUUUCUUUGCUUUUUUAGUGUUUGUGUUUGUACCAUGAAACACCAUCAAGAACUCACAACCCUUCAAAGAAGCAGCAGCUACAACAAUUACAACUACAAAAGUAUAAGAAAUAAGAUAACCCCAUCAAACCUUUCUAGAUCAACUUCACUCCCAAUCCCUGAAAACGAAGAAUUCUCUGACAAACUCCUUGCCCCUGGACAAACGUCAACAUCCCCACGUAGUUCUUCCAUUCAACGUUUCAAUAAUGUCAAUUCUAGGUUCUCUUCUCUCAUUCGUUCCCUUCUCAAAAUAAUAGCUUUUCCCAAUAUAAUCCCCGCCACUUGCAAAUGGCUAACCCUCCCAACUCACCUCUCUAUAACCCCUUCCCUUGGCCGCAAAGUAACGGGAACCCUCUUCGGCCACCGCCGCGGUCACGUCAGCUUCGCCGUCCAGGAUGAUCCCCGUUCCGAACCGGUUUUUCUCCUCGAACUAGCAAUGUCAACGUCUAGUUUAGUCAAAGAAAUGUCAUCCGGUUUGGUCCGGAUUGCGCUCGAGUGCGAGAAGAUUCCGCUUCGAACGGCAGCUCAACCGGAUCGAACCGGGAGAUUGUUCCAUGAGCCUAAGUGGACUAUGUAUUGUAACGGGAGGAAGAGUGGGUACGCGGUGACGCGCACGUGCACUGAUUCGGAUUUGCACGUUCUGAGAACCGUGCAAAGCGUGUCAGUCGGUGCUGGGGUUAUUCCGGUGGUGGAGGAUGCAGGGAAAGGUGGUGGGAGUGAAGGUGAGUUGCUGUAUAUGAGGGCUAGGUUUGAACGAGUCGUGGGGAGUCGUGACUCGGAAGCGUUUUACAUGAUGAACCCUGAUAACAAUGGAGGCCCUGAACUCAGCAUUUUUCUCCUUAGAUUAUGAAGAUUAUAGAUUCAUCAAGAAAUAAAUUAAGGGUAUUUUUCUAUUUGGAAUUGCUUGUUUAGCAGUAACCUGUAUCAUGCAUUUUAAUUUUUUUUUCAUAUGAUGGAAAGAUGUAUUAAUGUACUCUACGGUUUCUCUAUUUUCUUUUUCCUUUUUUUUUUUCAUUUCUUUUGGCUUGUAAUCAAUGCUAAAAAAUUUGACCUCAAACAUAAA